UUGAGGUUCCAUUUGAUGCAAAUAUGAAUAGGACAAAAAACAGACCUCUAGUACAAGGACAGAUCAGUCCUCUACUUGCUGUCUCCUUCGGAAUCUGCUGUGCAGUUCCAGCAAUAACCUUGCUGAUCCUCGGAGUAAAUCCUCUUAUUGGUGCCUUAGGAGCCUUCAACAUUUUCCUGUAUUCCUGCUGCUAUACGCCUCUAAAAAGAAUUAGCAUUGUGAAUACAUGGGUAGGAGCUGUGGUUGGUGCCGUUCCGCCAGUCGUGGGUUGGAUAGCAGCAACUGGUAGUCUGGAUGCAGGAUCACUAGUGCUUGGAGGAAUUCUUUACUCCUGGCAGUUCCCUCAUUUCAACGCCCUGAGCUGGGGCCUCCGCGAAGAUUACUCCCGAAGUGGCUACUGCAUGAUGUCUGUCACUCACCCUGCAAUGUGCAGGCGAGUGGCCCUGCGUCAUUGCCUGGCCUUAAUUGGACUGACAUCGCUGGCUCCCGUCCUUGAUGUCACCACGUGGACUUUCCCUGUAAUUUCCCUCCCAAUCAACUUAUACAUUUCCUACCUUGGCUUCCGUUUCUACAGAGAUGCAGACCGUGCCAGUUCGAGGAAGUUGUUUUUGUGCAGCCUCUGGCACUUGCCAUUGCUCAUUUUCCUUAUGUUAGCCUGCAAGAAGUCAUUGGCCAGCGAGGACAAGCCAAAGCCACCCACAACCUGAGAUUACCUCAUGUUGAAAAAGUCAUAUAUUUUCAAAUUAAAGAUGGCUUCAGAAGCUUGCCUUCCAAAUGGAGAGUUUUGAUUAAUCAUGGCAGAUGGAAAAAGUUGGUGUUGAUAUGGUCUGAAUCGUUUCUGUCCAAUAAAUACAGUGUUUAUUAUGUUCAAAUUAAAUGAUUUUGUUUAAGGC